AUGUCAGACUCGGAGCUGCGCCGGUGGAUCAGCGACAACAGUCUGCGCUUCUUCGGUCUCUCGCAGUCUUCGAUCAUCGACUUUAUCCAGGUGUCCGCCUCGUCAGCCGCAACGCCCUCGGACCUCUUCCAGAGCCUCACCUCGCUCGGGCUUCCAUCUACCGACGAUGCGCGCGGCUUUGUCCAGCAGCUCCAUCAGCGCGUGCCCCGCGCCAGUCAGAGUCGCAGCAGCGCCGCGCCCAAGACGGCCACCAGUCAGGAUGGCGCGAAGAGCAAGAAGCGCUACGGCCUGCUGCUCGACGACGAUGGUGAAGAGGAGCUCGCGAUCAAGCCCGAAAAGAAGAAGAAGAAGCGAAAGGAGGUCAAAGACUCAGCUCCAGCAGAGGCUUCAUCGUCGAGGCCAUCUCGAUCUCCCAGCCCGCGUCGUUCGCCAUCGGGCGCAGGCUCGGACGACGAGUCUCGCGAGCUAGCUCGGCUCAAGGACCUGGCCGAACGCGACGAGUUCGCGCGACGCAUGCGCGACAAGGACAAGAGCAGCACACGCAACAUGGUCGAAGACCGCACAUCUUCGCGCAAUCCGGAAGCUGCAGCACGCCGACUGUUGGCCGAAGACGACGAGGCGCGUUCAGCCGCGAUGCCCAGUUUGCGCGACCGCUCCCGCCAAGAGUACCUGGCGAAGCGCGCGCAGCAGCGCAUGGAGCUGCUGCGACUCGAGAUCGCAGACGAAGAGCGCUUCUUCCGCGGCAUGAAGAUGACCCGGCGCGAGCAGCGCGAUCUGGACUACAAGAAGGAGGUGCUGCGCCUCGCCGAGGAGCGCGCACGCAUCGACGAUGCCGACGCGGGCUACGUUAUGCCUGAGGACUACAUCACCGAGAAGGGCAAGCUGGACACGGCGAAAAAGGAACAGGCGCUGUACCAGCGUUACAACGAUGCCCGCGCCGAGCGGCUUGCGCAGUCGCACGCCACCGACGCCGAGAUCUUUGAAAAGGAGCAAAUCGAUCGCUCGCGCUACGUGCCCGAACCAGCCAACGAAGCGGCCACAGAGCUGGUGGACCAGUACGACUACGUGUUCGACGAGACACAGACCAUCCAAUUCGUCGUCGAAUCGCAGAUGGCCGGCACGACGACGACGAGCGCCAAGGAUAAGCUGCUGCAGCAGCAGAUUGACGAGGCCGAGACGAAAGCAGCCAAGAUCCAGGCGACGCGCGAGUCGCUGCCCGUGUAUGCGCUGCGCCAGGAACUGCUCGACGCCAUCGCCGAGUACCAGGUGCUGAUUGUCGUCGGCGAGACUGGAUCGGGCAAGACGACGCAGCUGCCCCAAUUCCUGCACGAAGCCGGAUACACCAAGGACGGCAAGAAGGUCGGAUGCACGCAGCCACGUCGUGUCGCAGCGAUGAGCGUGGCGGCGCGCGUGGCCGAGGAGAUGGGCGUGCGGCUCGGCAGAGAGUGCGGCUACAGCAUCCGUUUUGAGGACUGCACCUCCGACGACACGGUGAUCAAAGAGUGCGGCUACAGCAUCCGUUUUGAGGACUGCACCUCCGACGACACGGUGAUCAAGUACAUGACCGACGGCAUGCUGCUGCGAGAGUUUCUCACCGAGCCCGACCUCAGCUCGUACUCUGCACUCAUCAUCGACGAGGCGCACGAGCGCACGCUCAGCACCGACGUGCUCUUUGGGCUCGUGAAGGAUAUCGCGCGGUUCAGGCCGGAUCUGAAGCUGCUCAUCUCGAGUGCCACGCUCGACGCCGAAAAGUUCAGCGAGUUUUUCGACGAUGCACCCAUCUUCAACGUGCCCGGUCGACGCUACCCGGUCGAUAUCCACUACACGCCGCAGCCCGAGGCGAACUACCUGCACGCAGCCAUCACGACUGUGUUCCAGAUCCACACCACCCAACCGCGCGGAGACAUUCUGGUCUUCCUCACCGGUCAGGACGAGAUCGAUGCGGCCAUGGAGAAUCUGCAGGAGACGAGUCGGGCGCUGGGCAACAAGAUCGCCGAGCUCAUCGUGUGUCCGAUCUACGCGAAUCUGCCGAGCGAGAUGCAGGCCAAGAUCUUUGAGCCGACGCCCGAGGGCGCACGCAAGGUGGUGCUGGCCACCAACAUCGCCGAGACCUCGAUCACGAUUGAUGGCGUCGUGUUUGUCAUCGACCCGGGCUUUGUCAAGCAGAACUCGUACAACCCGCGCACGGGAAUGUCGUCGCUGACGGUGGUGGCGUGUUCGCGCGCGUCUGCGAACCAGCGCGCGGGUCGUGCGGGCCGUGUGGGACCGGGCAAGUGCUUCAGGCUGUUUACAAAGUGGGCAUUCAAGAACGAGAUGGACGAAAACACAACACCGGAAAUCCAACGCACCAAUCUAGCCAACGUGGUGCUACUGCUCAAGUCGCUGGGGAUCAACGAUCUGCUCAACUUUGACUUUCUCGACCCGCCGCCGACAGACACGCUCGGGCGGUCGUUUGAGCUGCUGUAUGCGCUGGGUGCGCUCAACGACAAGGGCGAGCUGACCAAGUUGGGCCGACGUAUGGCCGAGUUCCCCGUGGACCCUCAGCUGUCCAAGGCGAUCCUGGCGUCGGAGCAGUACAAAUGCACGGAAGAGGUGCUAUCGAUCGUCUCCAUACUGUCCGAAUCGUCGGCGCUCUUCUUCCGACCGAAGGACAAAAAGAUGCACGCGGACCGGGCACGCGCGGCGUUUGUCCGCACGGGCGGCGACCAUUUCACGCUGCUCAACGUAUGGGAGCAGUGGGUGCAGAGCAACUACGACCACGCCUUUUGCAUCGACAACUUUGUGCAGCCCAAGGUGCUGGCGCGCGUGCGCGACGUGCGCGACCAGCUCGCCCAGCUGUGCGAGCGCGUCGAACUGCAGCCCGAGGCCAAUGCCGACCCUGCCGACAUUUCGGGUAUCCAGAGGGCCAUCCUGGCGGGCUACUUUAUGAACACGGCGCGAUUGCAAAAGGGCGGCGAGACGUACCGCGCCAUCAAGCAGAAUACGUCGAUCUGGGUGCAUCCGUCCAGCUGCCUGUACAAGCAGAUCCCCCAACCGGGAUUUCUGUGCUACUUUGAGCUGGUGGAGACCAGCAAGAAUUUCAUGCGCCAGGUGAUGCAGAUCAAGCCCGAGUGGCUGCUCGAGGUCGCCAAGCAUUACUUUACCAAGGACGACGUGCAGGACACGGCCAAGACGAGCCACUACAAGGGCAAGACUGCCAGCGGCGCCGCGCUCACCCGUACCUGA